UAGGCACGUUGCUAGAAGUUAGCGUUGUCACGGUUGACUAUCCAAUCCAGGAUCUUCCACAGGGUUGUGCAGUAAAAUGGCUAAAGCUGGAACAUUAAGAAGGUUUUCUAGAUUACUGACAAAUAACAUUUACAUUAGCCUUGGUCGCUCAUGUUGUGGGAUCAAGCAAGAAUUUCACACAGGACCUAAAGUCUGCAAAAGUCAAACCUAUCAGAAGAGCAAACAAGAGAAGCAAUAUGAGGAGCAGCAAAGAAGGAACGAGGAUGCAGGAGAGUUGACAGAGUUAGUGCGAGACUUCUUACUGCCAGACGAGUUCUACAAAUCCUGUCUCAAUAUCGGCGUGGACUUCUUCUGUGGUGUACCAGACUCACUAUUGAAAGAUUUUUGUGCCUAUGUCACACAAAAUGCACCCAAAGAAAAGCAUGUUAUCACUGCAAACGAGGGCAAUGCUGUAGCUGUAGCAACAGGUUAUCACCUAGCAACUGGCAAGCACCCUAUGGUAUAUCUGCAGAAUUCUGGUUUGGGCAAUAUUAUUAACCCAGUAAUGUCGCUGACUUCCCCGUCAGUAUACAGUGUGCCUAUGAUCCUUCUAAUUGGCUGGAGAGGGGAACCAGGCAAGAGAGAUGAACCACAACAUCUGGUACAGGGGCAGGCAACUCCAGGACUUCUUGCUGCCCUAGGAAUUCCUUUCCAACCACUUCCUGACUAUGAAGAUGGUGCUGAUCAGGCUUUGCUGACUGCUAAACACUACAUGGAGAAGUCUAAUGCACCCUAUGCAUUUCUUGUCAAGAGACAAACAUUUGCACCAUACAAACUGAAGAAGAUACCAACACCAGAGGAGUACAAGUUGUCUAGAGAGGAAGCGAUGAAGAUUAUAAUAGAUAACCUGAGUCAGAAGGAUGUGGUAAUUAGUGCCACUGGAAUGUUGUCAAGGGAACUGUUUGAGUACAGGGUUGCCAAGGACAUGGGCCAUGAGAAAGACUUUUUAACAGUGGGAUCUAUGGGGCAUACCUCCACAAUAGCCCUAGGGGUGGCCAUGCAGAAACCCAAGAGACAGAUCUUAUGUUUGGACGGAGAUGGCUCAGUCAUCAUGCACAUGGGAGCCAUGGCAACAGUUGGCCAGUCAAAUCAGACCAAUUUCAAACACAUCAUCAUCAACAAUGGCGCCCAUGAUUCUGUAGGAGGACAACCAACAGAUGCAGCCAACCAUGACGAGUUCUCAUUUUCAAAAAUUGCUGAAGGAUGUGGAUACAGAAGGACAAUGGUAGCUGUUACCCCAGAGGAGGUGGCACAAUGUGUACUGGACAUGAGGGGGAUGGAUGGACCAGUCCUUCUGGAGAUAAAAUCAAGGACAGGAAGUCGUAAAGAUCUGGGCCGGCCCACUAGGUCGCCCAUAGAGAACAAGGAGGAUUUUAUGCAUUUCUUGGCAAUCAAUUAAAAAUAGUAUUUUCUAGGGACUAUUUUCUGAUCAGUGUUUGAAAAGAGACUGAUUAUUAUGAGUAUUUGAAAUCUCUUUGUCAGUCUUUCAUACAUUUCUUUAAUGAAAAUGUGUUCAGAAAUAAUUUUUUUUUUAUUGUCUGUCCCUGUUCACUUACAAUCAAUCCAGGUUCAUAUGCUGUUUACAUGUACAAGACCAAUAUUUGUUUUCAAUUCCAUUGAUUUUAGCAUGAAAUCUUUUGUAUAAGAAUUCAUUAUAAUUAUAAUCUUUUUGAUACUUAC